CAAAAAAAAAGAUUUCACAUCAAAUUAAAAAUUUUCAAAAUGAACUGCGAAAUGCACGAAAUUCGCAAUCGUAUUUUUUUCUGCCUGUUGCAUUUUAUGGGCUAAGAGUUUUCAUUUUAUUACGUUUUAUGGAAUUUAUGGAGAAAUGUGUUGAAUGUUAUCAGUUAUUGGAUUAAAGGAUCAUCGGAAUUGAUAUUUCAGACAGACGCCUAAAUUCGAACUAACGGUGAUCGUUGGCUAAAGCAGUUGAAACUUGAAAGAGCCUUUUGUUUCACCAAUAGUGGAAUUGAAACUUGUUUCUACAGCUGAAGAUUCACUGAGAAAAAGCCUUUGGAAUGUCGCAGAAUGUUAGGACUUCUGUCCCUGUACUCGUUUCAAUGGCCAUUUAAGUGAGAGGAUCCUUUUGUAUCGAUUAUUCCUCAAAGAUACUCUCUGUUGAGCGAUUCGUAUAAACGUUUCACGAUGUCGAAUGAGAAAUCUACAUCCGAAGUACAACCUAAUUUCGAUAAAUGGGUAGUCACCUACCAAGAUAUCCUAGAGAACGGACUAAUCCGCUACAAUAGCGCUUUCUCGAUGCCAACUUUGCAGUACAUUUCAUCGGUGCAUUUAGUGGCGACAUUAUGGUACAACAAAUUACAUACUUUCAAGCACCAAUUAACCUGGUUACAAGUUUGCAAGAUCGGUAACAAGAUUAAAAGCGAACUGGACGAUAUAAUGAAACCUAAACCUUUACAUCAGUAUAUUCCUCAUUUGAUUAUACUUGUAGGUCAAGAGCUAAGCAACUGGAUAGAUUUCUACGAUUAUUACGUGUUCAAGAAGAACAAAAAAAAGAAGAGCGUAGCGAUCAACUACAUCGAUAAAAUCGUCUGGUCACCCAGAGGUACUAUAAAUCAUCUAAAAACUGCCAAAUCCAUGUUAGAGGUGAAGAAAUCAAUUUUAUACAAGAACUGCGUGAUCGUAUGUGCCAAAUGCUGCGCUAGCGAAGAUAUGCUAAUCGGUUUUCCCGCUUUUAUUGGCAAUCUUCAGACGGAUAACUUUAUCGAAGAACACAACCCGAUGAAAUUCUUUUGGCUCAAUUUCAUGCAUCGAUCAGCUGAAAGUUGGGAUGAAUUGAAGGCUAACAAAUGCCUGUACUGUUUCGAACGAGAAGUAUCUACUUAUCUGCGCAAUACGCCGGCCAGCGAGUACGAUGUGAGUGUAAUGUUUACACUGCAGUAUGAAUUCUAUAUCGAUUACUCGUGUUAUAUUGUUUCUAAAUUGGACGAAAAUCAGCAAGACGAGCUAAUGGAUUUUGGCGUUUUCUUCGACGAUAUUAUACCGCAAUUUUUAAUGGAACCUUUGUAUCUGGACUAUUUUCUACCCACUUUGUAUCAUGUACGGGACGAUAUUCCGGAAGAAAACGUAUGCCAGAUAUUAUUCGAUUUGAACAACUUGAUCAGCGAUCAUUACGGAGAUGCUUCGAAAGGAUAUUCGUACUUAUACGAAAAAUACGUUUUCUUUUUUCAAGAAAUUUGGUCCUUUUUGCCAGACCAUUGCAAAGAUUUUGUGUUAGAUUUGGAAAUCACUGCUUUUGAUUGGAUUUGGCAAAACACCUCGUUAUAUCUACUAUCAACUUAUUUCGGAGAUUGCAGACCGAACGUCAAACGCACGCUGUUAUUUUCCGCUCGAGCUUUGAACUUUUGCGAAGAUUUGAUUAAAAACGAUCAAUACGAAAUGUUCGAGAAAUACGUAUGUCCGGUGUUUUUUACAGGCAACAGCGAAGAAUCCGACAACCUGAAACACGAAUUCGUUCGCGAAGUUAAAAGCGUCUAUUGGCAUUUCAUCAAGGAACGAAAAUGGUCAGCUUUGGAUAAAUUCUUCACCUGGUCGUAUAGUUCGGAAACAGAAAAAAUGGAACAAAAGAAAAUGCUCCUAAGGGAUGUUUUCGUUUACGAAGUCGACGAUUACAGGUUCACGUCGAAAAUGCAUUACAAAACUCGAUACCAGUGUAAUUUUAAACCAAUGAACGGUGUGACGAAUUUCGGCCAUUUCGACGAGCUUCUCAAAUGGUGUUUUAAUUCGAAAAAGGAGAUAAAUAAAUUCAAAAGAACGGAGCUUUGCAAAACCAACAACUUUACUGAAAUUAUUUGUGAUAUGAUUAAACGCAAAAGGUUGGACAUUAUUAAACAGUUUUUAUCUUGGUGUUUUUCAAAUAACGAGAAAUUAAUCAGACAGUUUAAAAAGAGUUUCGGUAACGAAUUGGCCAGCUUGGAGGAAGGUUUAGAAGAGCCACCGCCUACUAAAAGAAGAAGACUCCGAUAAAGUUGACCGUGAAACGAGCAAUAGUACUGAUACCAUUUGUGAUUUUGAUUGUUUUUUUUUUCUUUUCAAUUACCUAUUUAUUCAUGUCAUUUUGUUGUUUUUAACUUCAAGUUGAAUUAUUUAUAGCUUAGAGCGCGUAAUUAUGUUACAGUUGAAUAUGUUGAAUAUCAUACAAGGUGCUUCGAAAGUGGUCACUGGUGUAGGGGUUUGAAUGAUUUGCUGCAACAAGUUGUUUUUAUUGUCUUGUUCGUUCUUUUAUUCACGAUUUUUGAAAUGUACCUAUCAAUUAUUUAUUCGAAAUAUUAGGUCGAUAAAUAACUUAUAAUAAAUGUAGUUUUGUGGAGAUUUUCUCUCUAUCAGAAAGACUUUGCAAUAUAAACGCUGCAAAGUAUUUAUAUUUUCGCUCGAAAAUUAUGCAAAUAAUUGUUUUAUUGUUUUUCAAAAAACACUUCAUUAUUUAUUUAUUUUUUUUGUUGCAUAGAAAUAGAAUUGUGAGUAUUGUUUCUGCAUGUUUUAGUUCCUCCUUUACCCAAUCUUCUACAUUGGCGGUCGAAUAUGCCUAAUUGUCUUGCGAUGCUUUAUUGUUUCAUUUUAUGUCUAUUUUAUUUAUUCAUUUUGUCUCCAAAUAUUGUCGUUUUGUAUAUUUUUGCUGUGUUUUUUCUUCCUUCUCCUUUGAAAAAAAAAAUGUAAUGAGGUAGUUCAAUUAUUAUAUUUUUUACUUAAUAAAAGUUAUUCUUUGUUA